GUUUUACAGAACAGGAAACAGUAACGGGGCUGUUUUCCAAGGAUUGCAUCCUCCCAUGUACUUUCCCACCUGGGGAUGAUGAAGUAAUUUACUGGAAGAAAGGGGACAAAAAUGUGCACAGCUACUACUACCAGAGGGAUCAGCAGGAUAUACAAGACCCGGAUUUCAGACACAGAACACACCUUUUCCAUGAGAACAUUCCUAAGGGAAAUGCUUCCUUGAAACUUAGUAACUUGACCGUGACUGAUGAGGGCUCUUACAAUUGCUAUGUGGGAACACAGCAACGUAAAACAGAAGUGGAAGUGAUGCUGCAUGUAAGAGACCAACUGUCCAACGUGGAAGGAAGUAGCACUACAAUUCCUUGUGAAUACAGCAAUAACACUGCAAACACUGAAGGUUUUGUUGUUGUCUGGACGUUAAACAGAAACGCCGUGAUUUCACUCCUGGCCUCCUUCAAUGGUACAUCUCACUCUUACCAGCCUCGAGUCCAGAUUAACCAAAAUGACUUUUCACUGAUGCUGCGUGAUCUUACUUCAAACGACAGUGGAGAAUAUGUGUGUAACAUUUCAACACCUCACUACACAAAACUUACUGUGAGAACUUUGCAAGUUGACAUCCACAGGGAGUUUCCAGAGGACUGCAGAAUUUUCAGAUUCUUUAGACAAGAUGCACCAGUGGAAAAAGAGCCUGAAGUAGAAGAACUGUACUUAAAGGAAUGA